ACAUUUAUCAAUGCUGUAAAAAGCACUUUUUCCCAAAUGCUUCCUGAGAAGAAUGCAAAACAGAUGCUGGCCAGAGAGUUGAGAGAGUUUGUGGGAGGUAGUGAGUAGAACAGGAAUUUAAUGUAUUCUGGAACUUGAUCACAUUUGUUUUCAACCUCUUUUUAAUGAAAUGGCCAUUGUCUCAGACAAAACGCUGGUGGGGAUUGUGGCAACCAGAAGGUCCAAAGUCUGAGGGAUCAAUACAAAUGGCCAUGCAUAGAAAAUCCUCUUUACAAUUACAGACACUACUCUCUCUCAUCUGCAAAUAACCUUUGUUUUCAGUCCGAGACACACUGAUCACAUUACAAACCACAAUGACUGAUCUGGAGAGUUCACUGGCCACCAUCAUGGAGGUGUUCCAUAGGUAUGCAGAGAAAGAAGGGGACAAGCACAAACUAAAGAAAAGUGAACUAAAAGACUUGAUCAAUGAGGAGCUACCAGCCCUUACAGGGCAAGUGAAGGACCAGGCCACUAUGGACAGUUUGAUGGAGAGCCUGGACACGGAUGGAGACUCGGAAUUAGACUUCCAAGAGUUCAUGACAUUUGUCACCAUGGUAACUGUCUGUUGCCAUGAUUUCUGCGAGCACCAUGAGGACGAGUAGCUAGGCACCAGUUAAACAAGAGAGAGAGAGAGAGAAAGACAGUAAAUUAUAAACUUUAGUUUGAUAAAAAAACUUAAAUGUCAAUGAAAACGUUGUAUUUUUCCAGUUGGUCCCAUUUAGAUUCAAUAGGUUUCUUUUACCCUGUUUGCCUACAAAGGGUUAACGCACUUUGUUUCACUGCCUGUGUCUUAGUCCUGAAACUUCAUAGAAUAGCUUUUUGCCAACAAAGCUCAGAGCACUUUCCUUGUACACUGUAAAGCUAAGAACCAAUGUAAUAGAUUCAUGCAUUUCUGCAGCUCUAAAUUGGUUAAAUUGUUAUCACUAACAAUGCAUGUAUAAUCAGCUACCCCAUUCAUUGGACAUGGUUUGGCAAGUAAAACAAAUAUUCUCCAGUUUGAUUUUGACCCUCCCAAAAAAUGUUGAAUUCAGGCCAAUAUCUUGAAUUCUGUUUUUAUGAAAAUGGUUUUCAAAUUGAACUGUGCUUUGUGAGAUGCUAUUAAAAGUAUAACAUAGAUAAUCAAUAAAGAUGAUAAAAAUGAAUACAAGGACAGACUUUUCACCAGUUA